AUGCUGCUUCAGUUCUGCCAGCUGGCCCAUGAUGGCAGUUUGAUUUGCCAUGAUCAUGGCCAGCUCCGGGGCAGCUUGGUGGCCGCUGUUCGUGGUGAACGGCGACUCAAUUUGCCACUCCCAGCUCAUGAUCCUCCAUUGAGCUUACAACUUAUUGGAAAGAGGGCCUCAGAUUUAGGCGGCAGCCUGCUUCACCUUCUCGAGUUCUCUCGUAGCACAUCCUUUCUGCACUGUGUGGCGCACGUGCCGGAAGCAUCUUCGCUUCCAACCGCUACAACAAUAUCAUUCUGA